GAUCUAGGCUUGAGUUGGUAAAGUCCAUGUUGCUUGAAGAUUACCAUAAAGUCCUAGUAAACAUCCGUAAGGCUGAAGCCAGAAAUAAGAGACAGAAAGCAUUGAAACAGGCUGCAGCAGUGGGAGAGGAGGACGAUCAAGAAACCAAAAAACUGGAGGGAAAUAGUAUGGAAGACAUUUUGGCUGAUUCUGAUGAAGUAGAGGAAGAGGAAGAGAAACCAACCAAACAACAAAAGAAACGGGCCCGGCAGAAGAGCCAGGCUUGGCUUAAAGAAGGGGAGGAAGAUGACCCAGUAAAUUUCCUUGAUCCCAAAGCUGCACAGCAUGUACUGGGUAAGUAA